AUGAAUAAUCAUAUCACAGAUGCAAGUGAUUUUAAUGAUAGUGAGAUCCCAAAUUUAUCACAGCUUGAUUCAUUAUUAAGAUGCCAUAUUUGUAAAGAUUUUUUAAAGAUUCCAGUAUUAACACCUUGUGGCCAUACAUUCUGUUCCUUAUGUAUCCGUGGAUAUUUGAAUAAAGAACCCAAAUGUCCUUUAUGCUUAAACGAAUUAAGAGAGUCAAUGCUAAGAAGUGAAUUCUUGGUUAGUGAAUUAGUUAAAUGUUAUAAUUCGAUUAGACCCGACUUACUCGACAAAUUACGCGUUAUUGAAGCUACGGAUAAUGAUGACGUCUCUUUAAUCGAAGUUGCUUCCGAUAAAGAAUCAAAUGCUGUUAUUGUAGAUUUAGAAAAUGAGGAGAAUUUAGCAAAUGAUACAAAUUCAGUACCAGUUUUAGAAAAUGAUAUCGAAAUAACCGCUACAUAUAAUAUACGAAAUAAGAAAAGAAAUUUUUCAGAGUUUACAGACUGCAAUUCACAAAAGAAGAUAAAUUCAUCCUCUAAGAGUGAUGUUUUCUCUUCACCAAACACUGCUGAAUGUCCAAUUUGUCAUGAAUUUUAUCCAAUCAAAAUACUUGAAAGGACCCACCUUGAUGAGUGUCUGACAAAUCAAACGUUAGGAAUUAGCUCUCCAAAAAAACUUAAAACUGAAUCUCCUCAAAGACAAAAGCCCCUUCGAAGCUUAAAACUACGAUCCUCAACAAUACCAUCACGAAAUAUCACUUCAUCGAUUACGAAAUCUUCAAAAAGUAGAUUUUUCGGUUCAGUAGGCAAAAAUUCAAAAUCAAUAUCAUAUAAAGACCUACCAUCUUCUAAAACAAGAAACUUUACAUCAACCCUGGCUAAAACAGAAAAUAAUGAAAUAUCUCAUGUUGAGAACUAUUUGAAAUCAUCAAAAUCUAGAAAUGAAGAUUAUCAAAGAUUACCCAAAGUAAAUUUUACAUCCAUGACAAUUUCACAAAUUAAACAAAAAUUAUUAUCGUUAAAUUUACCAAUAAAUGGCUCGCGCCAGCUUUUAAUCAAUCGUUAUAAUCAUUAUGAAAUGAUUUGGAAUAGUAAUUUCCAUGAUUCAUUAUCACCUGUUGAAGAAAGUGAAUUAAGACGACAAUUAACAAGCUGGGAACUCAAUCAUAAUAUCGAACCAACAAAUAAAUCAAAUGUGGGAUCUAACUCUAUUUCAAGCAUGCUAAAACAAAGAAGUCAUAAUUCUAUUGAAAAUUCAUAUCAAGCUUUAUUACAAAACUUUAGGAAAGACACCUUUGAUAGAAAUGGAUGGUCCAGCUUAUUUAAUAAACAGUUCAACUCUUUAAUAAUAGAAGCUAGAAAAACAAUACGGGAAGCUAAUUCCAAACCAGGAUCUAUUGGUGUAAAUAGCAAACUGCAAGCACAAGAGAACAAUAUUGAUUCUACAAUGAAUAAUGAUAAGGACGAACUACAAGGAAAAAGCUUUGAAUCCCUUCAAGAUAAUGUCGAAGAAAAUCCACAUAACAACAUUAACAAAGUAACCAAAACAAAUGUCGAAGAAAUAUCAAAAGUUGAAGUAAGUAUGAGCAACGAAAUAAAACUCCCACUUGAAAUGGAUAACGAUGAAUCCUUACUGACUGAGCUUAAUGGUGAUAACGUUACUACCAAAAAGCUUCAACUUAACAACGACACUGAAAAUGUACUAGGAGAGGAAGAGGAAGAACUCAACGACUCAAAUAUUGAUGAUUCUAAAGAAAUUGAACAUUAUACUUCAAAUGAAGAUUUUAUCGUUUAUAGUAAUCAAACAUCACCACGAGGAUCCCAGGAAGAUUAUGAUAUUUCAAAAACUAAGAAUAAUUCUCAAUUGUUAGAAGCCGAACUCGCUUCCCAAAAAUCUAACAAUUCUUCCUCGAUAAUAUUUACUCAAAACGGCGUCUAA